AUGGCUGUUUUCCACAUGUCAUCGGACGGCUAUUUCGUCCGUACAUGGCCCGCUUCUUCGUCCGCCGACGUGUACGUGCACGACUACACCGGCGACAUAUACGACCCCGACCUUAUCCGCUACAAGGACAGCGGCCGCUGGCGCGGCGGCCGGAUAAAAAUCGGGCCCUCCGGUGACGCACAAUUCAGAGCUCUGGAGGUUCACGGGGUCGUAAUCGAGGGUAACCGAUUGACCCAGCUGUGGAACGACCUGACCCUCACUUCUUCGGCCAGAAGUUCUGUCUCGUGGCUAAUAGGAACGGACUCUGUUUCCUCUACGUCAACAGCCCGUCGGUCAUGCGGCUGCGGGUCAACGAUUACUUCGGGUGGGCCAAGUACGGCGUCAAACCUCCAAUCAGCACGUCGACGAUCUGGAACAAGAGUGACUUGA